AUGCCCAUUGUGGACAAGAAGCCCAUGGGGAUGCUGGAGGAGUGUGUAUUUCAGAUCCACCUUGAAGGAGAAUGGCUCUUGAAAAUGACUCUUUUUGAGACUGAAUUAAUUCUUUUGGGAUUAAUGGACCAACCAGAUCUGCAAGUCCCCUUGUUCUUCCUGUUUCUAAUAAUGUAUAUGGUCACUGUGUUGGGAAAUACGGGUUUGAUAACUCUAAUUGGGCUGAAUUCACACUUACACACUCCCAUGUACUUUUUUCUAUUUAAUUUGUCUUUAAUAUCUCUUUACUCUUUUGUGAUAACACAGAAAAUUACACUGAUUAACUUCAAAUCCAAGAAGAUCUCCUAUAUGGGGUACAGGACCCAGCUCUACUUUUUCAGUUUUUUCAUCAUUUCUGAAUGCUGUGUGAUGACAUCAAUGGCCUAUGAUUGCUAUGUGGCCAUCUGUAAUCCAUUUUUGUAUAACAUUGUCUUGUCUUCUAAAGUGUGUUCCAGCCUUAUGCUUGGUUCAUACUGGAUGGCAUUUUCUGGAGCCGUGGCACACACCAGAUGCAUGCUGGGACUCACCUUCUGUGAUACAAACACCAUCACCCAUUAUUUAUGGGAUGUCUUCCCUCUGCUCCAUCUCUUGUACACAAGCACCUAUGUCAAUGAGCUGGUAGUAUGCACUUCAGUGGGCAUCAACAUCAUUGUACUGAGUCUCACCAUCUUUACUUCUUAUGUUUUCAUCAUCUCAAGCAUCAUCCUCAUCUCUUCCAAUGAGGGCAGGUCCAAAGCCUUCAGCACCUGCAGUUCCCAUAUAACUGCUGUUUCUUUCUUCUGUGGAUCAGGGGUAUUUGUUUAUCUCAAAUCAUCUUAUGCUGGUUCUAUGGAUGAAGGGAAAAUCUGCUCUGUCUUUUAUACUGAUAUGAUUUCCAGAAUGAACCUUUUAAUCUACAGUUUGAGGAACAAAGAUGUCAAAAAGGCCCUGCGUAAGACUAAUAUUAAAGAAAAAGAUUAU